AGGAAUACAUCACCCAUGCCGCUGCGCGCCGCCGUUCUGCGCAUGCGCCGCCGAGGGCUGGGCUGUUGCUCCCUGACGGGUGGCUGCGGCGGGUCCUCGCCAUGGAGUCCUACGACGUGAUAGCGAACCAGCCCGUCGUGAUAGACAACGGCUCGGGUGUGAUUAAAGCGGGUUUUGCAGGCGAUCAAAUACCGAAAUACUGCUUUCCAAACUAUGUGGGGAGACCAAAGCAUGUUCGUGUUAUGGCUGGUGCUUUAGAAGGGGACAUUUUCAUAGGUCCAAAGGCAGAGGAGCACAGAGGUCUCCUCACGAUCCGAUACCCAAUGGAGCAUGGCAUAGUGAAGGACUGGAAUGACAUGGAGCGCAUUUGGCAGUAUGUGUAUUCAAAAGACCAGCUUCAGACAUUCUCGGAGGAGCAUCCUGUGCUGCUGACAGAAGCACCCCUAAACCCACGCAAGAACAGAGAGCGUGCUGCUGAGGUGUUUUUUGAGACCUUCAAUGUGCCAGCACUAUUCAUCUCCAUGCAAGCUGUGCUUAGCCUCUACGCAACUGGGAGGACUACAGGAGUGGUGCUGGACUCCGGGGAUGGUGUUACCCAUGCGGUUCCCAUCUAUGAAGGCUUUGCCAUGCCUCACUCCAUCAUGCGGAUUGACGUUGCUGGCCGUGAUGUUUCACGCUUCCUGCGCCUCUAUCUCCGAAAGGAAGGCUAUGACUUCCACACAACCUCUGAGUUUGAGAUUGUCAAGACCAUCAAGGAGCGUGCCUGCUACCUGUCAAUAAACCCCCAGAAGGAUGAGACUCUGGAGACCGAGAAGGCUCAGUACUACCUGCCAGAUGGAAGCACUAUUGAGAUUGGCCCUGCCCGUUUUCGAGCCCCGGAGCUGCUGUUCCGGCCAGACCUGAUAGGGGAGGAAUGUGAAGGACUCCACGAGGUGCUUGUUUUUGCCAUUCAAAAAUCAGACAUGGACCUGAGGCGAACGCUGUUCUCCAACAUCGUGCUGUCUGGAGGCUCCACGCUUUUCAAAGGCUUUGGUGACAGGCUGUUGAGUGAAGUGAAGAAACUAGCUCCGAAGGACGUCAAAAUAAGGAUAUCGGCUCCUCAGGAGAGAUUGUAUUCCACAUGGAUUGGUGGCUCUAUCCUGGCCUCACUGGACACCUUUAAGAAAAUGUGGGUUUCGAAAAAGGAAUAUGAAGAAGACGGAGCUCGUGCCAUCCACCGAAAGACCUUCUAGCCCUGGGACCUGUCCUCAGUCUCCUUGAAGACUCACUUCAGUUCUAAACUCGCUUUUCUGAGUCCGAGUGUCUGAGAGCUGCCUGUGUGUGUGUGUGUGUGCGCCAGCAUGCCCCGAUGUCACUGAGCAAAGACAACAGCAGCAGGAGGGUUGUAUUAGUACUACUAACUUCUUAUUUUUUUAUUUUAUUUUUGUUGUGGUUUUUUUUUAAUGGAAAGGAGAACAUACCAAUCUGAAUUUCUCCAAAAUGGCUCAUUCCUUUUUCAUUUCAGUCCCUUAAUUUCUGUAUCGCAAUCACGUUUGUCACUGUAAAACAAACAAGCAAGCAAAAACAAAGGGAACAGCUUAUAGAAACUGCCUAGCAAGCCAGAAGGGAACCAACCACUGCAGACUGCUCGUGCAGGCUUUCGUCAGCCCAGCUGCGAUGCCUGGAUCAUCUGGAAACAUAGCUGAGGCCCCAUAGCUACUUUCUUCCUCAGCAGUGUCUUCACCAUCAGUAGGUUUUGGAAGUUGUUUUUAAUACAUUUUUUAUUAAGAGAAAGCACAUUCUCAACAGUUAAGCCCAUUUGCCCCCACUGGUUUUGGUGUGUGAGUGUGCGUAUGUGUGCGUAACUUCUUAGCCUGAUGUGUGGGUCUGCACCACAGCUGGAGAAGUUGGUGAUAGGACUUAGUUUGUAUUGCAUGGAGUAGAACAAAGCAAAUCUAAUCAGCUGUCGUUGUACUAGACGGUUACUCUCUCGUACCUUGUUUUAAAUACCUUUUCUCCUCUGGAAGCAAGUGCCCUGGAAUGGGGGUGAAGGCACUUGUGUGUUCCCCUUCAACCUGCCAAGAUUUACAGUGCUGAGUUCUCAUGUUCUUUCUCUGUAAAGAGUCCAGGCUGUUUCCCUCCUUCCUGCCACGUCAGGGCAAAGGGAGCAUGUGUUUGCAGCCAGGCAUAACUCUUGUGUACUUUAUCCAUUCUGGGGCAAAAUAAUAAUUGGAAAGGUGCAUUGUAAUGUAAGAAUUGUUUUAUUUAUUGAAAUGUCUGAAGAUAUCUCAAAUACUGACCACAGCACCUGGGAAUUACGCUUUGGGUCUUCUUUGAAUGCCAGCUGUCUAUUGUUUGAUGUUGACACUGCAUACAGCACACAUGCUUAGCCGAAUAGCCAGCCAGCCCUGCGACACCACCCAGUAACUGCUCUUUAGGGAGUAUGGCUGUUCUCGAUGAAUAUGCUAAAUGAGAGGACGAUAAACUACCAGGACGUUGGUGUGAGCAGCAGGUUUGCGAGCAGGAAGCUGUUGCAAUGGCUGUGUUCUACUGUACAGCAUAUGCCUUUCCGCUCCCCUGGCGGCUCCUUUGCCAUGGUGUAAAGCUCUUGCCUCGUAAAAGCUCUACUGCUUUUACAGCCACGGGCAGGCCUACAGACCUGCUUGUGUUGGGGCAUGCCACCGUUUCCCCUUGAAGUUUUUCUUACGCAUUAUUUGGUGCUCUCUUGGGUUUUUUUCCCCUUGUUAAUUUUCUGCCGUACCUGGCAGUAGCAGUGGAGCUGGAGUUGCUCGGUGGCAGUUCCUCCGUUCCCCUCCCCCUGUUCGUUGCCAUGCAUCACCGCGGGGUCACUCUCAAGCGCAGAGGUGGGGUGAGAGCUGGAGGGCUGCUGCAUUGCCCCAGCUGAGAUGAAUGUAAGCAGCGUGUUGUACCUGUGGGAACCAUGAUCUCAGGGCUCACCACUGGGCUUGGAGAGGCUGUUGGCAGGUGUGGUAGCGGUUUCUUCCCAGCUGAGGCCACGUGGUUCUUCACCUACCCCACUCAGAGCAGACUGUUUUUGAAGCAAGAACCUGUCAGGUAGAGAAGAGCCAACAAUGCUCAGCCUUCUGCUGGAAAAUCGGUUGCAUUCUUGCUGGUGUGCUGCAGUAUGCAGAGGGGAAGCAGCAAAACCCCUCAGUUCAGUUACCACAUGCCCCAGGCAGUGCCAGUGCUCCUCCCUCCCCCCGCAGCCCCUCUGCUGGCCUUGCAGAAGCAGCAGUGCUCCAUUUUGUAACCUGCAGUGACCGGACAGAAAGGUGCCGUCACCAAUCUAGCAUUUGUUUGAUCUGCCUGACUGUUCCCUUGCACACUGUCCAAACCAUGUUGCCUGGUGGUGCCCAGCAUACUUAAAUAAAGUCAUUCAUAUACAA